AUGCCUGGGAUCAAAAUCCGUGAUGUAGACAGGAAAAAAAUCCAGCCGUACCUCAUUUGUACGUACUGUUGUCUUCUCCUUGUCAAUCCUAUGCAAACCUCGUGUGGACAUUUGUUUUGUCAAUCUUGUAUCGACAUUCUUUUUCGAAGUCCUGAUCCAAAAUGUCCUGAAGAUCAAGAAAAACUGAACAAGAACAGAAUUAACCCAGAUGCUUUCCGAAAACGAGAAUUGAAAAGCUUUUUGUUGCAUUGUCCUUCUGAAGAGUGCAAAUGGUUUGGCCCCUACGAAGAAUUGGAAGACCACAUGUGUGAAAAUUCUCCCGUGGUUUGUAAGUAUUGUAAGAAAAAGAUACCAAGGAAAGAUAUUGAACAACAUGAAAGUACGACUUGUGAUGAAGGGACGACUAAUUAUGAAUUUCAAGCCAUUGGAUGUAGCUAUGAUGAAACUGUAAACCAAGAUAACGUCCGGCAACAUAUGAAUGGUUGUCUAAUUGUUCACUCGAGCGCCAUGUUACGUAAUGUUAGAGCAUUUCUUACAAGGUUGAUACCAGGUCCAGAGUUUACCGCUGCGGUUAAAAACAUGGCUGACCGAAUCAGUGCUGUUCUUGCCAAUCUUUCAGAGAAGAUUUCCCUGCUAGUAAGUAAGCUUACAGGUCGUGUUGGCAACGAUAGUAACCACGUCCAAUUGUCUGUAGAUGUUUCCUCAAUGAACGAAGGAAUCACGACCAUGGAGCGACAAGUAAGAGAUAAUUCCUCUACUAUACUUCGACUUUCUGAGCGUUUGAAUCAGGCUGAUGAAUUAUUAGCACGAAACGUGAUGAAGAUAGCGUACCUCGAGCAGCAAAUUGCUGCGCAUGCUUCUGUAUCAAAUCAGGUAAUACACAGUUUCAACGGUACGUUACUUUGGAAAAUAGACAACUUCAAUAGAAAGAGACAGGACGCCAUUAAUGGUAUCAAAACGGCUUUGUACAGUCCACCGUUCUACAGUUCUCAAUAUGGUUAUAAGAUGUGUGGUAAGAUCUAUAUGAAUGGUGAUGGUUUUGGAAAGGGAACUCAUUUAUCCUUGUUCUUUAUUGUCAUGAAAGGUGAUUACGAUGCACUUCAAACAUGGCCAUUUCAAAAAAAGAUCACAAUGAUGUUAAUGGAUCAAGGAUUGUGAUGUCUUUCGGAAAUUGUGAUUUUCAAGGAAAAUUGGAGAUUUCUUGAAAACGAUAAAGAUGUAACGUGGUUGUAUCAAAUGCUUAUGUAGUUCAAUUGCAAACCGAUAUAUUAAUGUGAUUGAUUUUUCUGGCCAACGAUAUCUUUCUUUAGGUUGACCUCUUUUUAAGGCUUAUAAAUUCGUUUUAAAGAUAACAUUGUAACUAAUUUUUUUGUGCAUUUUAUUUUUUAUCUUGAUUUCAAAUCAUUGUUAUGUGUAUAUAGAACUGUGAUGUCUUUCGGAAAUUGUGAUUUUCAAGGAAAAUUGGAGAUUUCUUGAAAACGAUAAAGAUGUAACGUGGUUGUAUCAAAUGCUUGUGUAGUUCAAUUGCAAACCGAGCUUUCUUAUAGGCUUAUAAAUUCGUUUUGAAGAUAACAUUGUAACUAAUUUUUCGUGUAUUUUAUUUCUUCUCAAUAAACUUAUAUUUGAAGAAA